AUGAUCACCAGCUCGUCCAGCUUGCUUCUUCUCUUCUCCAACGCUUCCACCCGCUCGAACAAGUCCCUCAUGUCGACCAUCGCCUCGCAACGUCGCGGUUCUGCCGCAUCCUCCGUCUCUGUCACCAUCGAAACCACCACGAUGUCGACAUUGGCUACGCCUGGCAUGGAGGACGCCGCCGCCAGCUCAACUUGCAUCGUGACAGCCGGUCAAACCGUCGACCGCGAUCUCCCUCCUUUGCCAGCCGACAACCUUGCUCCGCCACCGGCGCCGACAGUAUCCACGUUCCCUCCGCAUGUCCACGAAUCGUCCUACCGCUUCCCUCCCCCUCCGCCUUAUGCCGCUCCAGCUCCAUCAACGCCAGGAAGCAGCGCGACCGUCCAGCCUCUCUCCUUCUUCGCCUUCUCCUCCCUCACUCCCGUCGACACCCGCGCGCCCGAUUCGACAGCCCCCGCGUUGCCGCCUCCUCCUUCUUACGCCGAAUGUCCCCGCACUCAAGCAGAGCGGCAUUUCUGGCUCGGGUUCCUGUGCCCAAUCUUCUGGUUUCUCGGCCUUUCACGACUGUGGCGCAGCGAGGCGCCCGUCGAACUCGCAAAGGAGAAGGCGCCAAAGAGCGGCGCGAUCGUCGGCGCAGUCGGUCGGGACGAGGCGGCAGUCGUUGCUCUCGAAGCGGCUUUGGCGGAGGCUGAGCGCUGGAGCAGGCACGAAGCGGUCCGAGGCGAGGUGCCCGAAGACGUGAAGGAAUCGCUCGUGCGGUGGCGUGAGGAAGAAAGGAUCUGGGCGAAGCGCUGUGUCUGGGCAGUUGCAGGGAUGUGUGGUCUAGGCGCGGUGUUGGGCGUCAUGCUGGCGAGUCUGCUGGGGAAGAUCUGA